ACUAUUGACGAUUGUAUCUGCGUUCGCACGAUGAAAUCGACUUUCCCUGUCAUGCAUGGUGCAAUGUCAUCGCCUUAGUAACUGGCAUACUGAGGAAAAAAUACCCCUGGCUCGCAACGCGUCUAAACCUUGCUAAUGCAACCACUGGUGUUUCGCUGAAGGUAGAUGAAGGAAAUUCAAUGCCAUCGUUAAAAAGAAAAGCGGGUUUUUAAUACGCCGACUAAGGAACGCUCAUGAAGUUCACAUACCGAACCUUUGGUUUAUAAGCCAUUUCAGGUCUUUCAGUUGUCUCCUCUCAAAAUGGCUACUGCACAGCAGUUUGGAUUGCUCCUGUGGAAGAACUACCUUCAGCAGAAGCGUCAGAUCCUGGUGACCCUUGUGGAAAUCGCCCUGCCGUUGCUUUUCGCUGGGAUCCUCAUCGUUUUGCGCCAGCGCGUGCCCUUCAAAGACUACCCCAAUGCCACGCUCUACGAGAGCUUCUCUGCUGACGUGCUGCCCUACCCGCUGUACCUCAGGCACUACGAGCUGGCCUACGUCCCCGGCAACGCUAGCGUGGUGCGGCGUGUGGCAGAGGAUGUGCAGCGCAGCCUGGGCUCCGUCAUCAGUACAGUGCGUGGGUUUGAGACGGAGGGGCAGUUUGAGGAUUUUGUAAGAAAAGACCCUCUGUCCCGGAAGGUUCUGGCUGCUGUGGUGUUUGAGCACCCCUUCACCCAUUAUGAUGAGCCGCUGCCCAUGCAGGUCAGCUACCACCUGCGGUUCAGCUAUAGUCCCCGUAACGCACCAGACAAGGAGAAAUCUGAGCUCAAUGUCAACAAUGACUUUGACUGGCACACCCUGAACCUUUUCCCCCUCUUCCAAAUGCCUGGGCCCAGGGAACAGUACGAUCGCCAGGGAGGAACCCCCGGUUACUUCCGUGAGGGCUUCCUGACCGUGCAGCACGCGGUCAACCGGGCCGUCAUGCGCACCUUUAACAGCACAGGAGCCGCCUGGCUCCUCUCCCACUCCAGGGUGGUCCUCCGCCGGUUCCCCUUCCCGCCAUUCAUCUACGAUGUGUUCAUCCUGGCAAUCCAGAACCAGCUCCCAUUGCUGCUGGUGCUCAGCUUCACCUACACCUCCCUGAACAUUGUGAGGGCUGUGGUGCAGGAGAAGGAGAGGAAGCUCAAGGAGUACAUGCGGAUGAUGGGCCUCAGUAACUGGUUGCACUGGAUGGCCUGGUUCCUCAUGUUCUUCCUCUUUCUCUCCAUCUCCAUCUUCUUCGUCACGCUGCUCUUCUGCAUCAAGGUGAGCCCUAAUGGGGCUGUGCUGACCUACAGUGACCCCACCCUGGUCUUUGUCUUCUUACUGAUCUUUGCCAUGGCAACCAUCAACUUCAGUUUCAUGAUCAGUGUCUUCUUCUCAAGAGCCAACGUGGCGGCGGCGGCGGGGGGCUUCAUCUACUUCCUGUCCUACCUUCCCUAUGUGUUCCUGUGGCCUCACUACGACCUGCUCAGCCAUGCCCAGAAGGUGUCGGCGUGCCUCAUCUCCAAUGUGGCCAUGGCCAUGGGAGCCCAGCUGCUGGGCAUGUUUGAGGGCAAAGGCACAGGGAUCCAGUGGUGUAACCUGUUUGAGCCUGUAACGGUGGACGAUGACUUCUCCCUGGCCCAGGUGUUGGGGCUGCUACUGUUGGACGCCCUGCUCUAUGGCCUCGUGGCCUGGUACGUGGAGGCCGUGUUCCCUGGGGAGUACGGAGUGCCCCUGCCCUGCUACUUCUUCCUGCUGCCAUCCUACUGGUGCGGCAGCCCCCGCAUGGCCAUGGUGAAGGAGAAGGAGGAAGAGGAGGAUGCGGAGAAGGCGCUGAAGGGGGAGUUUAUUGAGGAAGAGCCAGCAGGACUGGUCUCCGGGGUCAAGAUCAAACACCUGAAUAAGGAGUUUAAAAUGGGAAACAAGAUGCGGCAAGCUGUCAAGGACCUGACGUUGAACAUGUUUGAGGGCCAGAUCACGGUUCUGCUGGGACACAAUGGAGCGGGGAAGACCACCACUCUGUCCAUGUUGACCGGCCUGUUUCCUCCCAGCAGCGGCAGGGCUUACAUUAACGGCUAUGACAUCAGUCAGGACAUGGCUCUGAUUCGCCGCAGCCUGGGCCUGUGUCCUCAGCAUGACGUGCUCUUUGACAACCUCACAGUUCGGGAGCACCUGCUCUUCUACGCACAGCUGAAGGGUUACCCCUGCGAGAAAAUUCCGGAUGAGGUAGAUCGUAUAAUCCGAAUCCUAAACCUGGAGGACAAGAGGAACGCCUACUCCAAGACCCUGUCGGGCGGGAUGAAGAGGAAACUGUCCAUCGGCAUUGGCCUAAUUGGAGACUCCAAAGUGGUGAUGCUGGACGAGCCCACGUCGGGCAUGGACCCAUCAGCGCGCCGGGCCACUUGGGACCUGCUGCAGGGUGAGAAGCGCGGGCGCACCAUCCUGCUGACCACGCACUUCAUGGACGAGGCUGACCUGUUGGGUGACCGCAUCGCCAUCAUGGCCGAGGGAGAGCUGCAGUGCUGCGGAUCGCCCCUCUUCCUCAAGAACAAAUACGGGGCUGGCUACCACAUGGUGAUCGUGAAGGACGCGCUGUGCAAUGUGUCUGAGAUCACCCGGCUCGUCCACAUGUACGUUCCCAACGCCACGCUGGAGAGCAGUGCCGGGGCCGAGCUCUCAUAUAUACUGCCUAAGGAGAGCACCAACCGGUUUGAGCUGCUGUUUGCCGAGCUGGAGAUGAACAGAGACGAGCUGGGCAUCGCCAGCUAUGGAGCCUCAGUCACUACCAUGGAGGAAGUCUUCCUUAGAGUGGGUAAGCUGGUGGACUCUAGCCUUGACAUCCAGGCCAUCCAGCUGCCAGCGCUGCAGUACCAACACGAGAGGCGCUCCCACGACUGGACCAUGGACGACACCAGCAGCACCAGCGGCAUGACGGAUGUCACAGACUUCACGGACAGCGGGACGCUCAUCUCUGAGGACUGCUCCAAUAUCAAGCUCAACACCGGGGCCAGACUGUACAUGCAGCAGUUCUAUGCCAUGUUCGUGAAGAGAGCUUUGUAUAGCUGGAGGAACUGGAAGGUGAUGGUGGCCCAGUUCCUGGUUCCCCUGGUGUUCACCGUGCUGGCCCUGGUGGUGGCGAGGGUCUUCCCCGGACGCCACGACUCGCCCCAACUGCGGCUGGACCUGGCCCGCUACGGUCCCACCGUGGUGCCUGUGGCCCUGGAGACCGGCAAGGGGCCCCUAGCGAUUGCCCUGGCACAGCUAUAUUCCUCACAGUUGGCCACACAGAAAGCCCAGGAUGUCAAUAUUAGCGACUUCACUGAGUAUGUGCUCACCAAGGCAGAGGAAGAGGGCGGGGCAUUCAACGAGCGCUGUGUGGUGGGUGCCGCCUUCCGCGGUAGCCAAGGGAAGUUCACGGAGGUCACGGCCUACUUCAACAACCAGGGCUAUCACACGGUGGCCACGGCCCUGAUGAUGGUCGACAACGCUCUGUUCAAGUUGCUGGCCGGGCCAAAUGCUUCCAUUGCCACAGGCAACAUGCCCAUGCCUCGCAACAUCUCGGAGAGUGCACAGAGUCGGCUGACAGAAAGUCAAACCGGCUUCGCCAUCGCCAUCAACCUAAUGUACGGCAUGGCUUCCUUGUCCAGCACCUUCGCCCUGCUCCUGGUCACUGAGCGCUCGCUUAAGUCCAAGCACGUGCAGCAGGUCAGUGGCGUCUACCUCUCCAACUUCUGGAUCUCCGCGCUGCUCUGGGAUCUCGUCAACUUCCUGCUGCCCUGUGGGCUCAUGCUGGUGGUGUUCCAGGCAUUCGGGGUCAAGGCGUUCACAGCACACAACCACCUGGUUGACGUGCUGCUAAUCCUGCUGCUCUACGGCUGGGCCGUCAUCCCCCUCAUGUACCUGCUCAGCUUCCUGUUCUCCACAGCCGCCACCGCCUACACGCGCCUCACCAUCUUCAAUGUCAUCAGUGGCACCGCCACCUUCCUUACUGUCACCAUCAUGACCAUCCCAGAACUGAAUCUGCUGGACCUGUCUCGUAUCCUGGAUAAGGUUUUCCUGCUCUUUCCCAACUACUGUCUGGGCAUGGCGUUCAGCCAGUUCUACCAGAACUACGAGCUCAUCACUUUCUGCACCUCCAGCGACCUCGCCAUGACCAUCUGCAAAAUCUGGAACAUCACCUACCAGGAGGACUACUUCUCCAUGUCGGAGCCAGGCGUGGGUCGUUUCCUGGUGGCCAUGUCCGUGCAGGGUCUGGUCUUUAUCCAGUUCCUCUUCGUCAUUGAGCUGCAGUGUGUCAAAACCCUCCACCGAUUCCUCACCCAUCUUGGCAGGGGGCGGAAACAGCUGCCUCUCAUAGGGGAUGCAGCCCUGAUGCCAGAGGACAGAGAUGUAGCGGAGGAGAGGAAGAGGGUUCUGGAGUGUCAGCCCGUAGUGGACUCUAUGAUGGGGAGCCCUCUCAUACUGCAGGAGCUCAGCAAGGUCUACAGCAGCGGUUCAACGCUAUUGGCGGUAGACAGGCUGUCUCUAGCCGUGGGGAAGGGAGAGUGUUUUGGCCUGCUGGGUUUCAACGGAGCGGGGAAGACCACCACCUUCAAGAUGCUCACCGGGGACGAGGCCGUCACCUCUGGCGACGCCUACAUCGAUGGCUACAGCAUCCUGAGAGACGUCAAGAAGGCACAGCAGCGGAUUGGCUACUGCCCCCAGUUUGACGCCGUCCUGGAUCACAUGACGGGACGAGAAACGCUGAGCAUGUACGCUAGGCUCAGGGGGAUACCCGAGAAAUACGUGUCGGGCUGCGUGGAGAACGUUCUGCGGUCUUUACUGCUGGAGCCGCACGCCGACAAACUCUGUCGCAGUUAUAGCGGGGGCAAUAAGAGGAAGCUGAGUGCGGGAGUGGCUCUGAUUGGUGGACCUCCGGUCAUCUUCUUGGACGAGCCAUCCACCGGUAUGGAUCCGGUCGCUAGGCGACUGCUGUGGGACGCGGUGACGCGCACCCGAGAGUCCGGCAAGGCCAUUGUCAUUACUUCUCACAGUAUGGAAGAGUGCGAGGCCCUUUGCACCAGACUUGCUGUGAUGGUGAACGGCCAGUUUAAGUGUCUGGGAAGUCCCCAGCACCUAAAGAGUAAGUUUGGCAGUGGCUACACACUGCUGGCCAAAGUACGAGUAGACAACGAGGUGGAGGACAGCGACCUGCAACUCUUCAAGGACUUCAUUGAGAGCACCUUCCCAGGAAGUCUGCUGAAAGAUGAACACCAGGCCAUGGUCCAUUACCACUUGACUGACAAGACUCUCACCUGGGCACAGGUUUUUGGCACCCUGGAGGCAGCCAAAGAGAAGUACAGCGUAGACGACUACGCUGUGAGCCAGAUCUCCCUGGAACAGGUGUUUCUCAGCUUCGCCCAGUUCCAGCACUGCUCAGAGAGCAGCAGGAAGUAGACGGAGCCAGGAAGGAGGGGACAGCAGUGCUUCAUCCUUCGCGUGCAUCCAUCCACUCCGAGUGGAUGUACUCGCCUCUCCAACUGUGACACACACUCACAGCAGGUCUUAGACCACUGUGCAAUUCUGGAGCGCAGAUUGAUUCCCCACCGGACUUCAACGCAUUACCCCAGCUCCUUCUUAACCCUCUGGGCUUCGAGCGGCACACAAGACUGGGUCCGUCUGUCCAAGCCUGGGGGUUCCCCACGAACCACUCCUUUGUCUUUUGUUCAAUCUGUUUGUGGGUUGGACUUUUAGGUCAGUCCAGAGAGGCAGAGUUAGUGUAGAGUUAAGGGUGUAGGGGUCUGGUACAGCAGCUAUAUUACCAAGUAAAGAAUCCUAGAUGUUGCACCUUUUUUUCUUGAAAGUUUAAAGUCCACGUGUACCGCUGAAAAGGAAAAGUCCACUUUGUAUGGCUGCGCCUUGUUAAUGGUUCAGUCACCUUGCUGUUACUUUCUGUGGUCCUGAAGAUAAUUUUUGCUAAGUUGUUCUUCUGUUACUGGUGGUUACUGAAAAAUAGUGAGGAAAUUGUAAUAUAUAUCAACACAAUUGUAGUACCCCAUAUCGCCUUAUCAAAUGCAAUUGAAAGGGCAUACAUUUGUUCCUCUUCAUUACAGUUAAUGCCUUGCGCCAAUGCCUGCUCAUCCUUUUUGGUAGAGUGUAAAUGAUGUAAGAGAUGAAUGGUACUGAAGUAACUUCCUGUAGGAAUAAUGUCAGAAACGUUGCAUGAUUGUUGGCUAAGAAUUGCAUGUCUGAAUGACGGACAACCUCACUAGACUCUAAAACCAAUGCUAGGUAUUGAGAUGGCUUAAAAACGGUCAUCAAAAUUCUGAGAAGGCCAGUCUUUAGUUUUUGUGAGACAACUUAAAAUAUUAUGGGAUAAUGGACUUGUGGGUCCCUUUAUGCAUUAUUUGUCAACCGAUUGAAGCACAACUUCACUUUCAUUGUGAUCUCGUAGAUACACAAUCACUAUAUUGCCCUGAGGUAGCGGUUCUCAACCCUCUCCUGGAGACCCCCAGCCAUCUCACAGCUUGGUUGCAGACCUGAACAAGAUCACCUGAAUCAAACAACCAGGGGCUUAGGAAUUUGAUUCAGGUGUGCUAGCUCAGGAAUCAAAUACAUGGAACGGCUGGAAGUCCCAGGAGAGGUUUGAAAACCACUGCCCCAAUGAGUCAUAAACUACACCAUAUUUUUAGAUGUUUUAGAAGUCCUGACCUACAACCAAAACAAUGAAUGGGUCUCUGACUGCUGCUGCUGUGAAAUGUAAUGUCUUAAUUACAGAUAUUGAUGGAUAUGCAUAUACUGAUCCGGUACGAGGCAACAUAUAAGCUCUGAUACCACUGAAUUUAUUUGUGACAAAGUGUGCCAAGUAGCUCACUUUGUAAAAAGUGUGGGUUUGAUUCCCACAGGGGGCCAGCAGGAAAAAUGUAUGUACUUGCUACUGUAAGUCACUCUGCUUAAACGUAAUGUAAAACAUUCUAAAUGUGACUUGAAGCACAUUGGACCAAUAAUGUUGUUUUCAACAUUGCAGGCUGUAUUUCAGUCAACCUGUCGAAAGGUUUUUUAUUUGUUUAGCAAGUCACUGGCACAUCCCGUCCAACUUAUUACUGGUGCUUGUUCUAUAAAAGGUCAUAUAAAACCGAAGACAAGACAAACCAGCACAUUGUUGUUGAUUAUAUCACUGCUGGUCAUUUAUUGAAGCUUAUAAAUCAGCCCCAAGCCUUCAUCAGUGCUUUAGUGAAUGUUUGUAUAUAUUGCACCCUAAUGUAGACAUAGCUCCACCAACCCAUUUGAGUAUGUCAAAUGGGAAAGAAGCUUCGGAAAAUGAUGUUAGAGUUUACCCAUUAUAAUGAAGCUACUAAGAUUUCACUGGGCUACUUACAGGAUGGAAACAUCGUAUUAACAUCAUGUUGAAUGUAAUACUGGUUCAACACAAAACAGUAAUUCCUAUUCAUAUUUACAACAUCCCAUGCAUUUGGGUCUCAUCAUUAUGGCCUUUUGGAAAAGUGCAGUUAAUAUCACCUCCCCAAAAGCAUUACCAUUAUAUGUACAAGACCUUAUUGAUCUGAUUAACAAGAAACCAUAAACCGGAUAAAAUAAACCUGGUCACAUUAGAGUCCGUACACUAAUACACCCAAUAUGACUGGCAGUUUUAGCCCAUUACCUGAGAGACCAACAAAUUAUCCACCAACGAACUGCAAUUUACAGACAUUGACUAAAUCUCCCUUGCAGCCAAUAUGUUAGCUUCAGUGAAGGACCGACAGUGAUAAAAGGAAAAUCAGAGUGCUGGUUUAUCCAAUUGGUUCAGAUUAAGAAAUAAAAAACGUUCUGGAAGAAUGUACAAUGUAAUACAAAAACUUUUUGAAUCUUACCCCAAAAUCCCUGAAGAUGUUUUGGAUUGAAUAAGACCCUUUAAUCAGUCUGUCUGCUUAAGAGCUGUGUUUCCUUCAUUGUGAGAGGCUAUUGGCUUUUCUGAUUUUGGUCAAUCCCAUCCAAUUUACUGUCCUCCAUGACCAGGAAACAUAAGUGGUUGAGGUGUCGAUUAUUUAGUAGGUGUUAGGAAGUGUCUUCCCUACCUGUAUAUUCCCAUUGAAAUACAACUUAUUGUUUUAUCUGUAAAAUGUAGUUUUUAUCAAAACACAUUGAGACCAAGUCCAUUUUGAUUUUGGGAUCUACCCAUUUCAUACCAAAACAUUUUUGUAUGAGAACGUUCUCCCUGUGGCCUGUCCUUGAUUACCUUUUAACAUUUUCAAAAGAAGAACAGAGAUGAGAGGAGAGAAGGCUUUGGGAUUGAGGAAACUAUUUAGAAACUUCAAGGGAUCGGCUCAUGACUUUUCUUUUUAGUGUUAAAUCUCUAACCCUAACCUUUUAAGUAAGGUGCACCCACACUAACUGAAGUGUAGCUGAACCAUUUCAUGUUGUUUGUUAAUUUUGUGGGCUGUCCCCUGACACCUGUGGAUUUUACUACAGUACUACAUAAUCCCAAAAGUGCAAACAUUACUUUUUGCUUAUUAAUGUUUAAUUGUUCUUUAGCUAUGGGCCAGUGAACUGUUAAGCCCUCUUAAUAUAGCCCUUAUAACUGAAUACAAUAAAGUAACAUCCGGUCAACUAAGCAGUCACUUUUCCCCCCAUUGGCUAUGGAUUUUAAUGUGUAAUAGCCUUUGUCAUUGUAACAAAACAGACCAAAAGAUUGCAAUACAUUGGAAGUAUUCAAAAUAAUGUUACAAUGAUGGUCACCUUAUUGAUUCAGCUGACUGUAAAACAAGCCCUCACACAAGGCCUACGAUGGUCACCCUGUCUGUUCAGCUGACUGUAAAACAGGCCCUCACACAAGGCCUACGAUGGUCACCCUGUCCGUUCAGCUGACUGUAAAACAGGCCCUCACACAAGGCCUACGAUGGUCACCCUGUCUGUUCAGCUGACUGUAAAACAGGCCCUCACACAAGGCCUACGAUGGUCACUCUGUCUGUUCAGCUGACUGUAAAACAAGGCCUACGAAGGACACACUGGCCUUUCUCUCCUCAUGUGAGGUAACUGUCUGUUACUUAUGAAGAACCUACCCUUGUCUUUUAUUGCUUUUUUUUAAUCUGAUGUUAUUGUUAACACACACCUGUGUAUUGCUGAUGUCAAAAUACUCAAAUUACUCAUAACUCACUCUGUCUCAUGCUGAGUUCAGUUAAAUGUAUGUAUUUUGUUAAUGUGUUUUUGGGAUAAUUUUCGAUAGCUAACAAACCGACAGGGAAUGAAAAGUGGUAACAGAGAACACUGAACUAGAGUCCUGCUGACAUGCUUGGAAGUCAAAAUGUAAUGAAGGAAAAAUGUGUGCUUGAAGGUCACAGCUCUCUGUCCUCCUUUUUUUUUAAUGUAUAAACAUAAAAAAUAAGGUUUUAUGUUUAUACAUAUAUACAGUAUAUAUGCACAGGUCAUCUAUAUGGACAUAAAUCUUGCGGUUUUUCCCUGAGAAUGAGUUGAAAUUUCACAUUUUGUGUUCAAGUAAAGAAUAACUUGAAAACGUGUGACAUUGACCGUGAUAAUGCAUAUUGUUGAGAUGAAAUACAGGGAUCAUAUUCAAAUUAGGGAAUUUACAUCACUAAUCAUUUGUACUGUAUCAUGGAAUUAAUCUUGUUUACUGUAAAUGUAUUGCUAUUCUUUUUUAAAUUAAAUCUGCUCUGUGCAAAUGAGGGCAAAAACAAACAA